AUGGAUUCUAAUCUAGUGAUCGAUGGCCAUGUAAAUUGCAUGCUUGGUUAUAUGAAAAUGUGGAAAUUACACUAUCGUCCAGCAGAACGUAAACACGUAGACUAUCGUCCAGCAGGAUGUAAACACGUAAACUGUCGUCCAGCAGAAUGUAAACACGUAGACUAUCGUCCAGCAGAACGUAAACACGUAGACUGUCGUCCAGCAGAACGUAAACACGUAGACUAUCGUCCAGCAGAACGUAAACACGUUGACUAUCGUCCAGCAGAACGCAAACACGUAGACUGUCGUCCCGCAGAACGUAAACACGUAGACUGUCGUCCCGCAGAACGUAAACACGUAGACUAUCGUCCAGCAGAACGUAAACACGUAGACUAUCGUCCCGCAGAACGUAAACACGUAGACUAUCGUCCAGCAGGACAAUUCGAAUUGAAACACGUAGACUAUCGUCCAGCAGAGCGUAAACACGUAGACUAUCGUCCAGCAGAGCGUAAACACGUAGACUAUCGUCCAGCAGAGCGUAAACACGUAGACUAUCGUCCAGCAGAGCGUAAACACGUAGACUGUCGUCCAGCAGAGCGUAAACACGUAGACUGUCGUCCAGCAGAGCGUAAACACGUAGACUAUCGUCCAGCAGAGCGUAAACACGUAGACUAUCGUCCAGCAGAGCGUAAACACGUAGACUGUCGUCCAGCAGAGCGUAAACACGUAGACUGUCGUCCAGCAGAGCGUAAACACGUAGACUGUCGUCCAGCAGAGCGUAAACACGUAGACUAUCGUCCAGCAGAACGUAAACACGUAGACUACCGUCCAGCAGAACGUAAACACGUAGACUAUCGUCCAGGAGAGCGUAAACACGUAGACUACCGUCCAGCAGAGCGUAAACACGCAGACUAUCGUCCAGCAGAGCGUAAACACGUAGACUAUCGUCCAGGAGAGCGUAAACACGUAGACUAUCGUCCAGCAGGACGAAAACACGUAGAUUAA